AUGGGUUCAACAAUUGAAUUCAGACAACCUGGCCCGUUGGGUCAGGUCACCUUCGAUUCCUACACCAUAAUCGUGCUUGGCUUUCGAGUCGCUAAUGAUGCGCGAGACAAAGCUGCCGCAGCACUCGAUGCCGCCAGCAUGAAACUCACGACAGCUUUUCCAUGGCUCGCCGGUCAGGUCGUAAUUGAGGGCAGAACAGAAUCGAAAUCGGGCAAGUACGCUAUUGUGCCAUACCCUGAACAGGAAGGCAAAAGUCUGGUUCGGACCAAGGACUGCACGGAGCUGUGUCCGAGCUAUGAUGAGAUUCUCGCUGCCAAAGCGCCCUUCUCCAUGCUCGAUGGCGACAUCCUGGUCUCUACCAGUCCAAUGGGCUACAACAUGCCGCAAAGCGUGCCAUGGCCGAUCCUGGUCAUCGAAGCCAACUAUAUCGACGGCGGAUUACUCCUGGCCUUCUCUACGCAGCACACAGGUGCCGAUAUGACAGGCCAGGGUAGAAUCAUCACGUACUUCGCCCAAGCUCUCCGCCAUGAAUCGUUCGAUCCCGAGGACGUGCGGGAAGGUAACCGCACACCCGACACCGUCAAGUUCAUCACCAAAGACGAGCAGGCGCAUUCUCUCGCGGGUCUCCACCGUCCAUCACAGCUACAAGUCAAGUACCCGACGCCUGUGCCACCGAAAGCCGCAAUGCCCUGGGUGUACUAUCGAGUGUCCGCCGCCAACGCGAAGCAUCUGAAGUCUCUCAGCAAAGCCUACUCCACGAACGACGCCAUCACCGCCUUCUACGUACAAACGCACACCAAUGUUCGUGCUGCAGCGGGCGUUCUCAAAGGUGAUGAGGCUGUGGUUCUGCAGCGGGCCAUGUCUAUUCGUGAACAGUGUGGCUACAGCGAUCGCUAUCUUGGUAGCACCGCCGGCUCACCCAGCACGACCCUUUAUCCCAAUACGGACCUCGUAACAGUAGCGGCACAACUGAGGAAAGAUCUGAAGAACAUCGAUACACACUAUGCCCGCUCCUUCGCGACAGCACUUGCCCUGGACGAUGAUAGCACGAAGUACUACUACGGCGCAGAUAACCGCAUGGGCAAAGACCUUGUGGUGUCAAGCUGGGCGAAAUUGCCACUGUGCAACACAAGUUUCGGCGAGGAAAUGGGCGGAUACCCUGGGUUCGUGAGGAGGCCAAACUUGGCACCGGCGCCAGUGACAUAUAUUCUGCCUCUGACAAGGGACGGAGACGUGGACUUGGCGAUCUGCACAACGCCAGACGAUCACAAAUUACUGCAGGAGGACAAGGAGUGGUGCAAAUAUGCGGAGUACAUUGGCUGA